UCAGAGGAAGCGAGGGUGAUGUCACCUGCGAGUUGGUAACCUACGAGCGGCUGUGAAGGGAACUGUUUAACCGGAUCCCAUUGUACCGGGAACGCAGAGCGGCCUUUCCAGCAUGCAGUGGCUGCUCAGGUGAGGGGAUGCCUCGGCUCGUCCGCCGCACUCAUUCAUUAGCGGCACCGCACUGUGGCGCGGGGUGGGCGUGCUGGUUCCUCGUGCUGUUCGCGGCGCGCCCUCCUGCUGCUUCCCGGAGCUCCCGGGCCAGUAGAGUGUAGUAAUAUCAAGAAAUAGAGAAUUCGACCAUGGCCCCACGGAAGAGAGGCGGACGGGGGAUUUCAUUUAUCUUUUGCUGUUUCCGAAACAAUGACCACCCAGAAAUCACAUAUCGGCUUAGGAAUGAUAGCAACUUUGCACUUCAGACAAUGGAGCCAUCGCUGCCCAUGCCCCCUGUGGAGGAGCUGGAUGCCAUGUUCAGUGAACUUGUGGAUGAACUUGACCUCACAGACAAACACAGGGAAGCCAUGUUUGCACUUCCAGCAGAGAAAAAGUGGCAGAUAUACUGUAGCAAGAAAAAGGACCAGGAAGAAAACAAGGGAGCAACAAGCUGGCCCGAGUUCUACAUUGAUCAGCUCAAUUCCAUGGCUGCUAGAAAAUCUCUGCUGGCUUUAGAGAAGGAAGAAGAAGAGGAGAGGAGUAAAACCAUUGAGAGUCUAAAGACAGCACUGAGGACAAAGCCCAUGAGGUUUGUAACCAGAUUCAUCGACUUGGAUGGCCUGUCAUGUAUUCUUAACUUUCUGAAGACCAUGGACUACGAGACCUCUGAGUCUCGGAUACAUACCUCCCUCAUUGGCUGUAUAAAGGCACUGAUGAACAACUCUCAAGGCCGGGCCCACGUCCUGGCUCAUUCUGAGAGUAUUAAUGUAAUUGCUCAGAGUCUGAGCACAGAGAACAUUAAAACAAAGGUGGCCGUGCUGGAAAUCCUGGGCGCUGUGUGCCUGGUUCCUGGGGGCCAUAAGAAAGUUCUGCAGGCUAUGCUACACUACCAGAAAUAUGCCAGCGAGAGAACUCGCUUCCAGACAUUAAUUAAUGACUUGGAUAAAAGCACUGGGCGUUAUCGGGAUGAAGUGAGUCUCAAGACUGCCAUCAUGUCCUUCAUCAACGCAGUGUUGAGCCAGGGAGCCGGAGUGGAGAGUUUGGACUUUAGACUCCAUCUUCGCUAUGAAUUUCUGAUGUUAGGAAUUCAACCUGUUAUAGAUAAAUUAAGAGAACAUGAAAAUUCGACACUAGACAGGCAUUUAGACUUUUUUGAAAUGCUCCGAAAUGAAGAUGAACUAGAAUUUGCCAAAAGAUUUGAACUGGUUCACAUAGAUACAAAAAGCGCUACUCAGAUGUUUGAGCUGACCAGGAGGAGGCUGACCCACAGCGAAGCCUACCCCCACUUCAUGUCCAUUCUGCACCAUUGCCUCCAGAUGCCUUACAAGAGAAGUGGGAACACAGUUCAGUACUGGCUGCUGCUGGACAGAAUCAUACAGCAAAUAGUUAUCCAGAAUGACAAAGGACAGGACCCCGACUCCACACCUCUGGAAAACUUUAAUAUUAAGAACGUCGUAAGAAUGUUGGUUAAUGAAAAUGAAGUUAAGCAAUGGAAAGAACAGGCAGAGAAGAUGAGGAAAGAGCACAAUGAGCUACAACAGAAGCUGGAGAAGAAAGAGAGAGAAUGUGACGCCAAGACCCAAGAGAAGGAAGAAAUGAUGCAGACCUUAAACAAGAUGAAAGAGAAGCUGGAAAAGGAGACAACUGAGCACAAGCAAGUUAAGCAGCAGGUGGCAGACCUCACGGCACAGCUCCAUGAGCUCAACAGGAGGGCCGUCUGUGCUUCAGUCCCAGGAGGACCCUCACCCGGAGCCCCAGGAGGACCUUCUCCUUCCUCUGGGUUGGGGUCUCUUCUCCCUCCCCCACCACCCCCACUCCUUGCAGGUGGAGCACUUCCUCCCCCACCACCUCCUCUCCCUCCUGGGGGCCCUCCUCCUCCCCCAGGGCCUCCUCCCUUAGGAGGAGUCCUGCCACCUCCUGGUGCUCCAGUGAGUCUAACACUAAAGAAGAAAAACAUUCCUCAGCCCACCAAUGCCCUGAAAUCCUUCAACUGGUCCAAGUUGCCUGAGAACAAAUUGGAUGGAACAGUAUGGACUGAAAUUGAUGAUACCAAAGUCUUCAAAAUUUUAGACCUUGAAGACCUAGAAAGAACGUUCUCUGCCUACCAAAGACAGCAGGAGUUCUUUGUGAACAAUAACUCCAAGCAGAAAGAAGCAGAUGCCAUUGAUGACACACUGAGUUCCAAACUGAAAGUCAAAGAGCUGUCAGUGAUCGAUGGUCGGAGAGCCCAGAACUGCAACAUCCUUCUGUCAAGGUUGAAAUUAUCCAAUGAUGAAAUCAAGCGGGCAAUUCUAACAAUGGAUGAACAGGAGGAUCUGCCCAAGGACAUGUUAGAACAGCUUUUGAAAUUUGUCCCUGAGAAAAGCGACAUUGACCUGCUAGAAGAACAUAAGCACGAGCUGGACCGGAUGGCCAAGGCUGACCGCUUCCUCUUUGAGAUGAGCAGAAUUAAUCAUUACCAGCAAAGACUGCAGUCACUGUACUUCAAAAAGAAGUUUGCAGAGCGUGUGGCAGAAGUAAAGCCUAAAGUAGAAGCGAUUCGUUCUGGCUCAGAGGAAGUGUUCAGGAGCAGUGCCCUCAAGCAGCUCCUGGAGGUGGUCUUGGCUUUUGGAAAUUAUAUGAAUAAAGGACAAAGAGGCAACGCAUAUGGAUUCAAGAUCUCCAGCCUCAACAAGAUUGCAGACACAAAAUCCAGCAUUGACAAGAACAUUACCCUUUUGCACUAUCUAAUAACUAUUGUGGAGAAUAAGUACCCCAAGGUCCUCAAUCUAAGUGAAGAGCUGCGGGAUAUUCCUCAAGCAGCAAAAGUGAACAUGACUGAGCUGGACAAAGAGAUCAGCACCCUGAGGAGUGGCCUGAAAGCUGUAGAGAUGGAGCUGGAGUACCAGAAGUCUCAGCCCCCACAGCCUGGAGACAAGUUCGUGUCUGUUGUCAGCCAGUUCAUCACCCUGGCUACCUUCAGCUUCUCUGAUGUUGAAGAGCUUCUAGCAGAAGCUAAAGAGCUGUUCACUAGAGCAGUGAAGCACUUUGGGGAAGAGGCUGGCAAAAUCCAGCCAGAUGAGUUCUUUGGGAUCUUUGAUCAGUUUCUUCAGGCCGUGGCAGAAGCGAAACAGGAAAAUGAGAACAUGAGGAAAAGGAAGGAGGAAGAGGAGCGGCGGGCUCGGCUGGAAGCCCAGCUCAAAGAGCAGCGGGAGAGGGAGCGGAAGAUGAGAAAGGCCAAGGAGAGCAGUGAAGAGAGCGGAGAGUUUGACGACCUGGUCUCAGCGUUGCGCUCAGGAGAGGUGUUCGACAAAGACCUUUCAAAACUCAAACGGAACCGGAAACGCAUUUCCAACCAGGUGACGGACAGCAGCCGGGAGCGACCAAUCACAAAGCUUAAUUUUUAGUUUCCUUGCAUCCUUUCCUAGAAAGCGCCGUAGCAGCCCUUUGGAGUGACUAGAACUUUCCAUGACACUGCCUUGCGAUCCAAAACAAUGGCAAUUUCUUCUCUCAUCUGUGAGUGAAGGUGUGAAUGUGUGUGUGUAAAUGUAUGUGUAUAUAUGUGAAAAUGUACAUAGAAGUCUUAAGUGUUGUCCGGGGACCUAUGUGUAUGCUUAAAAAGUUCAUGUUAAUAUGUGCGCCCAGAAACUCUUUGUGUAUGCAUUCAUAUUGAGUGGGGUUCAUUUUUUUUCCCUGAACACCAUGCCUGUUCAAAAGCACAAUACUCUCUCCUGAAACAGAUAACAGACAUUCCUUUAAGGGGGUGGGGGGUGGGGAAGAAAAAAAGGAAGCUUAAAAAAAAAAAGGCUUGUCUUGUGAAGUAUUUUUGGUUCCCGAGGUUGGUGUAGUGAGCCGAUUUUCACUGUAGAAAUGGAGUUGGGAAGCCGACCGGGGCGAGCUCAGCGGUUGUGGGCUAGGCCCGCCCGCCCGCCCGCCCGCCCCCCAGCACUGACUGACUUAGCGGAACAGCUCCAAGGUUCCGCUGCUGCUGUUGGGGUACACUCUUGUCUGGGGUACAAACGUCUGUUGAGAACAUCUUGCACACAUUCAUAUCAUGUAGAAUGUUAAUCACACUUCGCUUAUAUAUUUAAAACUUGAACACCAUUUCCCCCCUAAUUUCAUCAAUUUUUCUGCCAAGUGCUCUUGAUGACUUCUUUUAUUGGUUUUGUUACUUUGAAAACACACUUUCCAAGUGAUGCCGCCUAGAUCCUGGUUAAGAGCCAGAAUUGCCAGAGCCUUCUCAUUGACCUAACAAUACAGAUCUGUAGACCUGACAAAUGAAAUUCCCCACUCGAGACUUAGUGGAAGAACUCCCUGAAGACUCUUCUUAAAGGCAUAGGGGUGCCUUGGGGUGUCUUCUGUCUUCUGUAUAGGCCACGCUGCAUGUCCUUGGAUAAAGGACUCUCAUAUGGACACGAACCGUCAACAGUAUCUACAGGGAUGCUCAGAUCUAUUUAUCUCAAAGAAUAUUUGAAGUGAUCUCUGUUACGUGUUGUCAUUUUAAACUGUGUGUCAGUGACGCUACCUGUACAAUUUCAGUCCAAAAAAAUAAAGCUCUCAGGGAGAAAUGAUUUUUUUUAAAAAAAUGAGCAGUAGAGAAUAAAAUAUGGACGCUUACCACUGAGCUGCCAACUCCUAGUGUCCUUAAAUUAUAUGGUAUGUAAAGAGGACUGUUACUAUGGUUUUCUUUUGCUUUAUUUAUUUGUAGUCGGGUGUGGGGAGGGACUAGCGUUUUCUCUUUGUUUUCCAUCUAUCCUUUUGUGGUUGGGUUUCCUGUGGAGAGAGUAGUUUUUCCUAUUGCACUACAAUAUUAUUUACUCACUAAAUUGAGUUUUGUAGUCAAGUAUCAAAUAUUUAUUAAGCACUUACUAUGUACCAGGCAUAGUAGAGCUAUAGUGGUAAGCAAGACAGAGUCCCUACCCACCAAGGAGUUCACAUCCUCAACGGGGUUUCCGGGGACGGUAGAAUACCAGUGUGCACAGUACACAGGAACCAUACUAUUUAAGAAAUAAUCUGUAUAAACUGUAAUGUUCAGUGCAGAUGGCAAGGGACCUGUGCUGUGUAAAAGCUAUAAAAACACUGCUCCAAGAGCUGUCCAGACCUGUGGCUUUUCUCUUUUUGUUUUUCUUCAUCACAAACUUAGCGACCUUUCUCUACCUAUUAUGUGGAAGCAGAUGGCUCUUAUCUAAGACAGUCACAGGUACAAAGCAGAGCUGACUCUCCCAGCCCCGAGCUAAGCACAGUCUGCAAGCAUCCUGGCUGUGGUGCUGAUAGAGACGAGGCCCGGGCCAGCCUGGAGAGGAGGAGGAGCGGGGUGGAGUGAUGGAUUUCACUGUUCCUGAUCUAAAGUGCCUCUUUGUAUAUUCUUUUCUAUUGCUAGCAGGAAAAGUUUGGUCCAGCUCAGUUUUGGAACUGUGGAGAGAGACUCACAACAGAGAGCAAGUCUGUGUCGCAUGUCCCCUUGCCCCUCCUAAAAUCAUCCUCACUUCCUUGUAGCCCUUCUGGUAGGCCACCUUUGCCAUUCCCAGCUUUUGGUUUAUUUUCCUAAGGACUGUGUGCAGGUAACUUCAUGUGCCAUUGUUACAAACAAACAAAAAUCGACUUUUAGACUGGUGCUGGUGUAAGUAGCUACUUUUCUCUCUUGAGUAUGUAUUUUAAAAAUUUUUUUUAAAUAAUGCCAAAAAAAGAAAAGCAUUAUAAUUUUUAAACUUAAUUGUCUCGUAUCUUCUUAGCUCAGUAGCUGGAACCACUUAGUCUUUAGGUGCAAGACUGUUGUUAUAGAACUAAGAAAAAUAAAGAUGUCGUGUGUGCUAUGAGACUGUACAUUUUUUAAAUAGCAAUAUGCAAUAAAGAUGACUUCACUGGG